CACUUAGCUGUUCUAGGUGGUCAUGUGACUAAAUCGACUAUAUAACUGGUUUGUACUGGAGCAAUGCAAAGAAAUGUAAAUUUAUUUUCAAAGACAUAAACGGCAAAUCGCAAAAGAUUUAAAGUAUUCAUUAUUCUUUCACAAAAAUGACGGCCUAUUUAUUGUUCGUACUUUGCCAACUACUGACAGUAACUCAAGCUGCACUAGUUAUCGACGUUCAGCCCAGUAGAAUUCAGCCUGGACUGACUAACAACUUAGUGGUCAACUGUUCCAUCACCGACAACAAAGUCCCACAGAUGCUGAAAAUUAACUCUCUUGUUCUAUCCCGUGUGACUUCCGCAGACAACGACACGAUCGAAGAGCUUAUUAUUCUCAAUUACAACGAAAGUAAUAACACAUCAAAAACCAGCAAAAACCCCAAAGGCUCAAUAGGGUUCAACGGAGCAUCGUACGUUAGUCUCACCUGGCCGAAUCCCAGCUACCGAGAUGCCAGCAAGUACAAAUGUGAGGCUCGAGGUAUAAGUACCAGCUUUAACAAGAUUUCUGCCGCAGCUUACGCCAGUGUUGAGACGGAUGAACCAGACAUCAGAAGCCUUGUUGAUGAGCUUCUACACCUCAGGAAAGAGACCUAUGAAACUUCAAAUUCUCUGAAAGAAGUGAAACAGAAAUACGCAUCUCUAAACGAAGUUCUACAGAAAUCAGUUAACAAACUUAAUGCGGAAAAACAAUUAUCCAAAAAUUCAUUUUUCAUUGCUUCGAAUGUAUUUCAAGGUAAAAGAUAUUAUAUGUCUAGAAAGCAAGCAUCUAAUGACAUUAACAAAGCCCAAGCGACUUGUGCAUUUUAUGGCGGUUAUCUAGUAGAGAUCGACACUACUGACGAAUACACUUUUAUUGUUAAUUUUAUUAAAUCAGUUUCAGCGAAUGAUUCGACUUUUUCAUGCGUCUACAACGGACUAAUGGACCCAGAAAAUGAUGGAAUCUGGACCCACGUUUUCACCAAAAAAGAUUCAAAGUUUCUACCUUGGGGAAAGGGGGAGCCUCAAAAUACAGCCGAUUAUAAUUGUAUGUGCUUGGAAAAAAGUUAUAACUGGCGAUAUAAUGAUUUACCUUGCUAUUACACUGAUGUGUUAAGGUAUUUGUGUGAGAUUCCUGAAGAUGAACAGACUCUUUUAAAGUAAUUAAAACCAUCCUAUAUUUUAAAUAGUUCUUUUUUUAGUAGUCUUAAAAUAUUUAAAUUCGCUUCCUAAAUAUUAGAGUAUAUAAUUGGUCAAGAAAUAAGACGCUGUUAAAUGGAGAUAUCUUUCAGUCAUCAAUUAAAAUACAACUUACUAUCUAUUUUUGUAUUAUUUUAACUUUAAUUUAUUGAAUAGGCUUAUAAUAUCUUUUGUUAACUCUUUCUCUCCGUAAUUAUUUUUCCACGUUUCGACAGAAUUCUUCAUUUUGCUCAUUACUAUUUCACUCCCUUGUUAAGAUUUGGCUUCAAUAGUUUUGUCGUUUGUCCUUCUUUUUUGAAGUAACGUCUGUAUUAUAUAAGAUAAGAUAAGAUUUGUUAUCAUAAAAUGUUUUAUUUGGUCUAGAAUUAAAGGGAAAUGCAAGCUACUUUUUAUAUAACGGAAAGUAAAGUUCAUAAAAUUAAACAUGAAUUUAAUUUCAUGAGGUCAAAUCAACGAUGGUAUCGUCGAUUAGGAGAGAAAGAGUUAAUGCACGUUGUCAACGCCUGACCCUUUGAGCUUAUUGACCUAGUUAAAUGGGCUCUAAUCAUAGUUUGUAAUCAUGUGAUCUUGAAGAGAAACUUGUGUUACAAAGUAUAUUUUAUUUGCUAUUGUAAAAUUUGUUUGCUCGGCUUAUGUUCUGUAAUUUGUAAUUCACAAUAAUAAAUAAAAUUUGCACACAGAUAAUAAAGAUUAUUAUUAUUAUUAUUA